CCGGCCGGCAGUGCCGUAGUGGGAGGUGACGGGGCUAGAGGUGUGCCGCUCCCAUUAUAUUUUAUAUUAAGACUCGAUAUACCCCUGACAAGAAAUGGGUCAGCAUGUUUCCAGGACGGACUUCGAGUGGUCUUACACUGCAGAACCUCACGCAUCAAGACGAAAAGAAAUUUUAAAAAAGCAUCCAGAAAUAAAAGAACUAUUUGGAAAUGACCCCAACCUAAUUUGGUGGGUACUGGGAUUGGUGACCUUUCAGAUUCUCUCUCUCUUUGUGGUAAGAGAGCUGUCGUGGCUGUGGGUUUUAAUCCUGUGUUAUUGUAUUGGAGGAACAAUUAACCAUUCACUCAUGUUAGCUAUUCAUGAAAUUUCUCACAACCUCGCCUUCGGACAUUCGAGACCCUUGUCCAAUCGUAUUCUUGGGAUGUUUGCCAAUUUCCCAAUCAUACUGCCGUUCUCUGUGUCCUUUAAGGGCUAUCAUCUAGAGCAUCAUAAAUUCCAAGGGGAUGAGAAGCUGGACACUGACAUUCCAACAUACACAGAGGCACGACUCUUCUGCACGACUUUUGGGAAGAUGAUUUGGAUGUUUUUACAGCCGUUAUUUUAUGCCUUUCGUCCACUUCUUACUUACCCAAAGACUCCCACUCUUCUUGAGAUCAUCAAUACAUGUGUGCAGCUUUCCUUCAAUUUCUUUGUGUUUUACUACUUUGGUGGUAAGAGUCUUGUAUACCUAGGAAUAGGAUCUCUGCUGGCUAUGGGUCUUCAUCCAGUAGCUGGCCAUUUCAUCUCGGAGCAUUAUAUGUUUGAAAAAGGAUUUGAAACCUACAGCUACUACGGCCCUCUCAACCGCCUUACCUUUAAUGUUGGUUACCACAACGAGCACCAUGAUUUUCCCUAUGUUCCUGGAUCUCGUCUUCCUAAGGUUAAAGAAAUAGCAGCAGAGUUUUAUGAUGACCUGCCACAGCAUAGUUCCUGGGUUAAAGUUAUUUAUGACUUCAUAACAGACCCUGCUAUUGGCCCGUAUGCCCGCAUUAAGAGGAAGCAUGCAGGCUUUGCAAAAGAUGACUAGUAUUCAUACUGCAUUGUUAGAGUAUCCCGACGAGAUUUUGCAAUGGAUUUUGUGAUUAUUUUGUUUCUUGUUCACUGUAAUACGUACAUAACGCAAAAGUGUGGUAUUUUAUAAAGUUCGAUGAGUGGGUAAUUUAAUCUGCUUGUCAACUCAUUUAAUUUAGUAUUCAUUGUUCCCAAUUCUUAGUAUCUUAAAGAUUUCUUAAUUCCAUAAGAAUAGUGCUCAGUAUUUUUCAGUACAGUUAGAAGUGGAAUUAUGAAACUUGUAGAUAUGAGAGCAUUUAUUCAUACUAAGUUUGUAAUUGUCAUCGUGCAUUAAUGAGUAAGUGGGAAAAUUACUAGGAGAGACUUUUUUAAUUUGACUUGUUAUUGAAAACUCAUUUUUUUCUGCAUUUCUAACAAAAAAACAUUUUGUAUUUACAUAAUACAUAAUUAAUUUUUGUCACAGCUGUAUUGUGAUUCUGUAAAAAUUUAAAUGACUUUAUUAAAGUAAGAAACUUUUAUAUUGAUGUCAAAAUGACAAAGCAGGUCUUGAUGGGUUUUUUUAUUGAGGCUUGAUGCACAAAUGUUCUAGUUGCCAUUAAUGGCAAUAAGCAUCACUUCUCUCAGUUCAGAUAGCACUGUUAAAAGAUGAAUAUCAAAGAGAAUUGUCAUUUUAAUGUAGAUAAUUUUAUGAAAAUAUAUUUACAUAUCAUGUAAAUAUUUUGAUCAGCAGGCAGUAUUUUCUUCACUUGAGAUUGGUAGUGUUGCAAGUGGUAUCUUUCAAAGCUUGAAUUAUGCAGCCAUGUAUCUUGAAAAAUUUAUGACGCCACAGUUGUGAUGUGGAGCAAUACUGUAUAUUUUUUUUAAUUGGUUUUGUUUAAAUGUGUGUGAUAUAUUUGGCCAUUUUUUUUUUAAUUUUAUUUUUUGGAUACUGUGUAUCGCAAAUAUCCUGAAUUCAAGAUGCAGUUAGGUACUGUACUUUAAUUUUCUAUCUUCAUUAAUAUUGUACCUAGAGCUAUGAAAGUGUGAGGUAAUUUGAGUGCUGAUAUGAAAUAUUUAAUUAUAUAAUCUGUGAUACUUCCAUUGCACAUCUAUAUUGUUUACUCAUUUAAACUGUAAUGUUUGUGGCAUUAAUUGAGGUUCACUUUGACAUUGUUGCAAAACUGGUGGUUCCCCUCUAUUUCAAACCAACAGUAUUAAGUAGAAAAUCUAAAGCCUUGGCAUUCUUUUUCUUGUGUAAUAGAUUGAGUGCUUUUAUGAGUGCUUUGGAGCUUACCUAAGAUGGGAAUCUGAGACCACUAGUGCCCUAGACUAGUGAUUUUAUGUUCAAUAGUUUGUUCAUAUACUAAAGCUAUUUCAGUUGUAAAUGUAUGAAUUUUAUUUUUAGCAUUAAAAGUGUUGUUUUUAAAUGUGCAGAGUAAUUAACUUGCUGUACAAAUUAGAAUUUAAUGUUGAGAACUUGUAAGGCGCUGAUGUGUGAUAUCUUAUUGUAGUUCUUCAUGGUAAAAGCUGAGAGGUUUAGAACAUGCAAAGAGAUGAGCCAGACUUAUAUUGGCCUGUUUAGUUGGUCAUAGAAUUAUAGUUUUGAGGAUUAUAGGUACAGUACUAUGUUGUUUUAGAUUUGCAUAACUUUUAUAUUAAAGUACACAUUAAUGCUCAUUUGAACAUAGUGCACAUGAGCAUCAUGGAAUAAAUUUUGUCCAUAGAAAUUGGUAAAAUGUUGCAGACUGAAGUAGCACCUGCUUAAAUGUCACUGCUGCAGUUCUCGUUCGUACUUGGGGAAAGUAACUACAGUACUUCAUAUAAAAGUCCUAAUAAGUGCAUGAAGUGGUGCUUAGUAGUGAAGUCAGUGUAUGAACUUCUCUUAAGGUUUCUUAAGAUGAACAGAAGAUCUGUGAUGUUUUCAGGAUUACCAAAAUAACAGUAAACUGAAGUGUACAAGAUCUUCAAUGCAUUUGGGUGUUAUAACUCUUGAAAGGCAGAAAUUUAAUUAACAAAAAUUGUGGCAACUACACAAGUAAUUCAACAAGUGUUGGGCCUAAUGAUUGAAAUCUGGGAUUUAAUGUCGCUCGUCUUAGUCUCAGGGACUAAUAAGCUUCUGAAUAUAAAGCAAAUACAAUCUUCCAAGUGUACUAAUAAGGUACAUUGUGUACUUGUGUAGUGUUGACAGCACACAAUUUUCUGGUGGCAUAUUAACGAAUGCUGAAGAGCAAAUACAGUAUGUUUAAAGUUAUAAAUGUAUUUUUAAGCGUUCGUUUGUCUUGGACAUACUGUAAUAACAUCUCUCCUUUAUAUGAGGCUUGGCCAGUGCUUCCUAGUAUAAAAGAAUUCCAGUAUUUCUUUGGAGAGCAAUAAUAUAUUUUUUCAGUGUUAAAGCUGCAGUUUACAAUAUCAGAACUACUGUACUGUAUUGUAACCAGCUAAGGUAUGGUUAACCUGUAACGUGCAUUUCCUGCUAUAGUUUUACUGAUAUGUUAUAACUUGUGAAUUUCCUUUAUACUGUAAAUAAAUUUAAGCUUUAUCAAUGUAUGCUUAACAUUUUGUGGCAAAUUAAAUGGAGAAAAGUUUAAUAAUAUUAGUGAAGGUCAAAACUAUCUUCUUGAAGAAAAAGUAACUACAGUACUUGGUUUAGAAUUUAAAUUUUGUUCAUAAAUUUGUGUCAUGAAUGAAGGUAAUGCAGACCAGACAAACUCUGCAGUGGAUUUUUUGUAUACUUUUGUAAAAACAUAUUUUGCAGAUAUUAAUAUGAAGAGUAUUUUUUUCCUCGGUUUCUUUCAUAAAAGUUGGUAUAUAUAAAAAGUGUUGAACGUCAUAUUCCUGUUAACAAAUUUUAUUCGGGCAUUACAAACUAUUGCCUAUGUAUUAAUUUGAAAUGUUAAAUUAAAACCACAUCUUGAUCUUCAACCAGACUAAUUGUCCAGAAUUUUUAUGCAUAUUAUCAUUUAAAGCACGAUGUUAACCUCCAUCCCACUCGUCUGAAAAGGAAGGAAGUGGUGACAUUUGGGCCCAUCCUGGACCAUUAUCAUUAUGCGUACGGUAGAGAACCGACCAAAAUGGUUGGCAACUGACCACUUGCCUUCUUUUCAGAUGUGUGGGUUGGGUGUUUAAUGUUCAGCCACAUUGUGACUUACUGCCUGCAGUAUAAGCUUAUGCACAGGUUGAGAAGUGGAUUGGAUAACAAAGCUUAGUUAAUUGUGGUUUUUAUUCCGUGCAUUUCAGUUUAUUCAUAAACUGUCAUUUAAAGGUGUUUUAAGAACUUUAAUUAAUAUUUUGUUUUUUUAUACACUAAAGUUCUGAACAAGUGCACCAACUCCACCAAAUAUAAUUUUAAGUAGUUUUUAGUGUAGAGAAUUUUUUUUAACGGUCUUACGAACAUAAAUUUUUUGUUGGUCUUGUUUCGGUAUGGAAAAGAAAUUCAUUUGGUAUAAACACUUCAGCAUUUCAAUGAUACUAAAAGUCAUUGUCCAUACAAUAAACAUUCUGAUGAUGCUAAAAAUGCAUAUUCAUCUGAAAAUUCAUGAAAAUCACUUUCAUUUUUGUAUUAGUUCAUUUUAUUUUUUAUUCUUUUUGGAGCACAAUGUUGGCAUAAUUUAUCAGGGGGACCAACCAAAAUAUUGGAAGAUACAUCCAGAUAUCACCUCGGCCAACAUUCUCUCACUCAGGACAAUAAUUAUUUUGCUUGUGAGAAUUUUCACUAUGCUUUGAAAAUUAACUGCCAAAAAUUAUUGAAGUUCGUUUUCUUUUUACAGUAACAUAGAUAAUGUGUUCACAUUUCCAAGUAUUAUUUUUAUGUGGAGAAAUAUGAGAGGAAUGUUGAGAAAUACGAGGGAGGUGAGAAAUACAGUAUGAGGAAUGUUGAACGAUUUAUAUAAAUUAAUAUAUUCAGCACCAUCAUGCAAAUUCUAUUAUGAUGUCACUUUAUUUUGUAUCUAUACUCUAGCAAAUUCAUUUUCAAAUGUCUUGACACCAAAUUUAUAGUAAUAACUAAAAAAUUUAGAAAAAUGUUAAGAGUGUAAACAUUUUAGGUGUCACUCAGCGGGAUCAUGAGAUGCUCUGAGCAUUUACGUUCAGGACCGAGCUGACUGGUCAGAACGGUACUGUUAGCAAGUGUCCAAUUACUUGCUGAAUGUGAGCAUAAUGUUUUUACUGUGAUAGCUUAGCUGUAGAUUUAUUGAUACCAUAUUACUGUUUUAAAGCGACUUGAUGUUACCUUCUAAUGCUAUAUUCAGUACUGUACUCACUCUUAAGUGCUGGAAAGGUGAUUGGUGUCAUUUUGUUGUUUUGAGUGUUCAUAUAGAAUGUUCAUAUUUCAAAUGUCUUUCUAAUCCAGAUUAAUUUUUUGCAUUAGUGUUCCCAUUAUGUUUUAAUUUUUGUUUCCCCCCAUGUAUAACUUCUCAAGAAAGAUGCUGUAGAAUUGUUAAAUACAAAUAACGGAGCUACUGUACUUGGAAAAGUAAAAUAACUGUUACCUUUGGUUAAAAUUAAUGGGUAUUUAAGGCACAGUGAAGUCACACUAACGUGAUGCAUCACAAGAGCUCAGUCAUAAUAUUUUCUCAUUGUAGUUAAUGUAGUGGACAAGAAUGUUAAUAACGGUUAAGUUUGUAGCAAAGAUGCUGAGUAAAACUGCAGUAAUGAAUGAAAUGUCGUGUCCAGAGUGUGAUAGACGUGAUAUACUGUACUGUAAUAAAAUACAGAGGAAUCUUGCGUGACGAGCAGCCCCCUCCCCAUCUACGAGCAUUUCAAGUAACGAGCGAGCCACUCGCAGAAAAUUUGUCUCGAUUUACAAGCUUCCGCUUGAUGAACGAGAAAACUACACAUGGUGCUUCUUAGCGUUCCCGCCGGUUCUCGCAAAUUUUCGACACCUCCAACAACAGUGUUGUAUCGCAAAGGACAAGCACCCCCGUCUGGAUUUAUUUGAGCUUUUCUUUGUUUUUUUUGUGGUUUUAUGACUAAAAUUUGUAACCCACGAUGUCACCAAAGAAGCUGCUUGCUAAAGAUAGUGUUGUCAAGGGGAAGAAAGACAUAAUUUUUGUAGAUUUGGAAAAGCAUCACCCUGAUAAAGCAGUGACAACACGGUGUGUGAACAUGUUUAAUGACAAUUUGCUGUCUCGUUUUAGGGACAUUCUAAAACGAAGACAAAAGCAAUUGUCAAUAGAUACGUUCUUUGGAAAGGUACAGAAAAGACGAGCAAGUGAUAGUGAACCACAUCUCGGUCCCAGUGGGGUGAAAUUCCCGAGAGAGAGCCCACCUGACUCGGAGGUGGAUUCUCCUUCCACACCGUAACCCCUCUCCUCCUCCCCACCUCCCCACCGUCUCCCUCAAGCCAGCAAAGACUUCAUAAUGUAAAGUACUAGUACAUGUACAAUUGAACAGUAAAACAAAAGAUUUAUAAUAAUUACAUGUACAGUAUUAUAAUUACACUAUAAAAUGUCAUAUUGAUGUUCUUUGGGGGUGGAAUGGAUUAAUUUUAUUUCCAUUAUUUUAAAUGGGGGAAAUUCGUUUCACAAGACGAGUGUUUUACAUGACGAGCUCGGUGCCGGUACGGAUAAAAUUCGUUAAUCGAGGCUCCUUUGUAGUUCCUUUGUAGAACAGUACAGUAUAUCUGUUGUGCAUCAUGGCAUGCAGGUGGUCAUUUUGUCCUAAAUUCAUCCAGUCGGUCAUUGAACGAAUAAAUAUAUAUUAUUAAAGGAAAUAAUAUACUGUACAGUAGUACCAUUUUUCACAAGUAGUUAUAAUUAUUGCUAACGAUUCAUAUAAAGAGUAAGCAGGAUGCAAUAAGAUAAAUUAGGGUACUAGUGUACACUGAAAUUAAUCUGAAGGCAUUAUACUGAAUAACCAUCAGAUUUAGCCAAAGUUAUAUAAUAAGAGGAUGAUUUGUAAAUAUAUUUGAGAUAAGCUAUUGUAUUUUUCCAGAAACUGGAGAUUGAUAUUCUUGGUGUUUGAUGUCAAAUGCUGCUAUGGUUAAAAAAAAAUUAGGUCUUGAGAACUAAAAUAUAAAGUUCCACAUACUGGUAUCUAGAAGGUAUAAUAGAAAUGUCUUGACUGAAAUAUUUGGCAACGCUUAGUUACACAACUACUACAUGUAAGUUUUAUCAUUUAUAAUUAGUUGCUUUGAAUCUUAAUCUUUCCCAAAGAACUAAAUAUAAGGUGAAAAUUAUGUAAGUAAAAUUAUGCUAUUAUGGUAAUACUGUACUCGUUUUACAACACUUUUUUGUUUUUUUGUUUAAGAUUGAAGCUCCCAUUUUAAAUGUUCUUUUCAUACUGUAAUAGAGUACUUUAUUUCCACUUUCUAAUUGGGAUAAGUACUGAUAUUUAAUAGUACAGUACUGUAAUUUCAUAAACUACAGUACGGUAUAUGUAUUUUAAAUUUGUAUUCCUCAAUUUAAGUACAGUAACUUUAAAUGUAAUUUAUGAAAAGCAGUAUUGGUGCUGUUGUGCUGCAUAAUAUUAUAUGGGUUAUAAUUAUUACUGGUGAAUAAUUUUAUUAUAACUGAUGAAGCAACAAAAUAGUUAUAGAUCUACUUGUGGAUUUCUUAGUAAAGCAUGAGACUAAGAUCUGUGUGAACA